AUGGAAACGCAGGGGCUGCCCGCGGUGGAGGCGGCCCAGGCCCGGCCCGACACCCAACAUGGCGGCGGUGCCGCGGCACCGAGCGCCGCGCCCGCCGGCCGCCUGCCCCAGCGGGAGCCGGAGCCGCCGCCGCCGCCCGAGUGGGACCCGGCCGCCGCCGCCUCGGGCCUGUACAUGAGCUUCCCGGUGAUGCUGCUAGAGGAGAAGCAGGAGCCGGGCCCCAGCGCCGCCCCCGGUCCCCCGCCGGCGUCCGGCCCCGACAGCGACGGCCUCCUGCUCGUCUUCAACCUGGUGCGGGGCGCGGCGGAGCCGGGGGCCGGGCCGGGCGGCGGGGAGAGCGGCCGCCCCGAGCCUCCCCGCGGGGAGCAGGAGGAGGUUCCCGGGCCGGCCCCGCCGCCGCCGCUGCUGCCCCCGCCGCCGGGUCCGGGCGCGUCUGCUGCGCCGCCCCGGCGGGGAGCGGAGGCGGCGGAGGGCGCGGGCCAGGCCGGCUCGGGCCCCGGCGCCUUCUCUGGCACCAUCACCAUCAACAACCAGAGCCUGGUGGUGCGGAUCGAGAACGGAGUCCUGACCCUGGGGCCGGGCGCCGCCGAGCCGGGGCCGCCUGCUCCCGCCGGGGCCGCGCCGGAGCCGGCUGCCCCCCAAGCCCCAUCGCCGCUGCCCAGCCGGGCCGAGCCCCCCGGCUCGGAGGGGGAGGCGGCGGGCGGGGAGGUCCCGGGCCUGGCCUCAGGGGGCUCCCGGGCGCUGCUGGUCUAUCAUUGCCCCGAGCCCCGCUGCACCGAGACCUUCUCCCGCAAGCAGCAGGUGCGGCUGCACCGGCAGGCGGCUCACGGGGGGCCCGGACCGGGUGGCGGCGGUCGGUCGGCGCGGCCCUUCGGCUGCCCAGUGCCCGGCUGCGCCUGGUCCUUCGCCACCGCCUACAAGCUGCGGCGCCACCUGCACUCGCACGACAAGCUGCGGCCCUUCGCCUGCCCCGCGCCCGGCUGCACCAAGCGCUUCACCACGGUCUACAACCUGCGGGCGCACGGCCGGGCGCACGAGCAGGAGGCGGCGCACAAGUGCGAGGCCUGCGGGCAGCGCUUCCCCAGCGCCGCCCGCCUCGGAGCGCACCAGCGGCGGAGCCACCUGGAGCCCGACCGGCCCUACCGCUGCGAGUUCCCCGGUUGUGAGAGAACCUUUAUCACAGUGAGUGCAUUAUUUUCUCAUAAUCGAGCCCACUUCAGAGAGCAAGAACAGUUCUCCUGCUCUUUCCCUGGUUGUAGCAAGCAGUAUGACAAAGCCUGCCGACUGAAAAUCCACAUGAGAAGUCACACAGGUGAAAGGCCUUUUAUCUGUGAUUCUGAAGGUUGUGGCUGGUCUUUCACCAGCAUGUCCAAGCUACUAAGACAUAAAAGGAAACAUGAAGAUGACAGGAGGUUUACAUGUCCAGUAGAAGGCUGUGGGAAAUCCUUCACAAGAGCAGAACACUUGAAAGGCCACAGUAUAACUCACCUAGGCACAAAACCAUUUGAAUGUCCAGUGGAAGGUUGUUGUGCAAAAUUCUCUGCACGCAGCAGUUUGUAUAUUCACUCCAAGAAACAUCUUCAAGAUGUGGAUUCAUCAAAGACCCGUUGCCCAGUGUCCAGUUGUAAUAAAUUGUUCACUUCCAAGCACAGUAUGAAGACUCACAUGGUCAAACAGCACAACUUCAGUCCAGAUCUCUUAACCCAGCUUGAAGCAACCAGUUCCCUCACGCCUAGUAGUGAACUCACCAGUCCAGGACAAAGUGACCUCAGCAACAUAGACCUUGUGUCCCUUUUCUCCAAUGUGUCUGGUAACAAUUCUGGGAUUGCAACAGAUAUGGCUUUAGUAAACUCUGGAAUUGUCACCAUAGAUGUUGCUUCCGUAGGCUCUACGCUUGGUGGAAACCUUUCUGUCAAUAGCAAUUCCCUAGGUCAAACAGUUGACCCUUUGAUAUUGGUGGCGAGUAGUGAUAUUCCACAUAGCCUGGACAGUUCUCUCUUGAUGGGAACCACUGCUACAGUUUUACAGCAAAGUACUUCAAAUCUGGAUGAUGUACAGACUGUAAAUGCAGAAGCCUUAGGUUCGCUAGCAUCUUUAUCAGUGAAGAAUUGCAGUCAAGACCUGCAUGGUUUGACAUCCAGCAAUAAUCUAACGAUAGACACUACCACUUUGACACCUUCCAGCAGCCUUGGUGGAGCCAAUGGUCCUGAGUUACUGACACCAACUAAAGCUGAACGAAACUUGCUUCCUAGCUCGGAUGUUGUUGGUCAACAGGAAGGCAGUAAAGUGGUGACACAGUUUGUGUUCUCCAACCCUCCAGGAAGCUACAGUGCUCAGAAAGACAUGGAUCUUAGCACAGUGACUUGCAGCUCAUUUUUGGAGAGCGGUGGAUCUGCAAGGACAGACUACAGAGCCAUUCAGCUAGCCAAGAAAAGAAAACAGAAAGGGAAUGGGAGCAGCACAGCAGCAUCAAAUUCUGGCCAGAGGAAAAGCAAAGGUGGUAAAGUGAGUCCUACCAACUUCUCAUCUACCAGUCAUGGGAAUCGAUUGUGUGGCAACAUUGUUUUGCCAAAUGGAGGCCUAACAAUAAGGGAUCCAGCAACUGGCGCACAGUAUGUGCAAAUUCAGCUACUUCAAGAUGAUCCCCCAGGAGAGGGAGACUUGCCCUUUCAGCUCAGCUCUCAGUCUUCCUCAUCACAUUCUCAACUUACAGUGGACUUACCUGUUCAUAUCCUUCAGGAACCACACAACUCCACAGAAGAUGAUGCAGGUUCUGAUAACUCUCAGUUCACUGGAAGCACAAUAAACUUACAGGACCUGGAAUGAUUGUUAGGAAUAUUAAUUUGAAAACAGAAUGGUGCAGUCAUAUCUUGACAAAGCAAAUAUAGCUGUGUUCCAGUUUCUCAAGGAAAAUAUGAAAAGUAGGAGUACAUGACUAUGAUCACACACUUAGUGUCAGUUACAUGAAAAAAGAAUAAUAAUAAAAAAAUCAGCAAAUCCUACUUAACAUGUCUAUGUAAGAUAUUCUGUCUGUCUUGUGGUCAAAGAUGCUGGGGCCGGACUUGCUGAAAUCCCAUUGUAGAAAAGUGCCAUAGCUAUUAAACGUCUAACCAGGGUAAUAAUUUUCCCGUUUUCACAAGAAAGCAAAUAUUUCACAGCUAAUGAACAAAUACAAACUUAAUUUGUUGUGUGUGACUCUUUAAAACUUUUCCUCCAUUAGGAAAGGUCUCCUACUUGGCAUGGAUGAUACGGGGGGGGGGGAAUCCUGAAAUAUUUUUUCCCAAACUUGUUUCAGCCAUCUUAUAUAUUGACAGCAAAUUUCAAUAAAAUAUUUUACAAGGCAUGGUAGGAAAGUAGGAUAGUGCCCAGAAAGCAGGGAGAAGAAAUGAAUUAAAAGUCCCUGGGAUAGCAAAAUAUAGAUUAAAUAUUAACUGUGAAUGAGUUUUGAUGCCUAUGUUGAGCUUCCCCCUCUCAUUCAUCCUGAAUAAUAUUUAGCUGAAUUCUUCCAGCAAGACUUAAAAAAAGAAAGCUUCGUUAGAGAACUAUAUUCUCCAUAAGCAAUUAGCUAAUGUUCCAACAGCAUUUGACAAGUUAGGUCUGUCUUAACUGUCCCUAUUUUGGUGAAAUGUUUGACAGCCACUUAAUUCAAAGCACCUUCAUUAUGUUUUUAUACUACAAAAAGUGUUCCCAAGUUACUCAUAACUAGCCACUAUCUUUUAGAAUUAUAUAUUCUGUUACCACUUGAGCUUCAUUAAAAUCUAGAAUAUCUAGUGAGCAUAGUGUCCAGCUGGCCGACUGAUUAUCCAGUUGUCAGAGUUUUUUAGAGGGAGAGGAAAAGUAUUGUUAACUAGGAAGAAUUGCCUCAUUUGAAAAAUUGCAGUUUCUAGAAGAAUAGCUGCAUGUACUGUACUUAACUGAAUUGAAUAAGCCUGAAUAAGCAUAGGGUUGUGUAAAUUCUCAAUGGAAAAAACAAAACACCUUUUGGUUAUUAAAUUUUAAGGUAGUAAUUUAAAUGUUUUAUGGUGAUGUCCUGAAUGCCUAUAAAAUUAUGUAUAGGACUUUGAUAAAGGGGGGUGUGUGUGUGUGGUUUUUUUUUUUUCCUCAAUGAGUUGUGUGUAUGCACGUAUGUGUAUAUAUUUUUUACAGAAUAAGAUGUCAUGCAGAAGAACAUUGCGAUCUUCCUAAUAUUGCACAUAUUUAUUUAUUUAGUUAUACUGUUGUUGAAUUCACCUGAGGUUGUUCAGAAAUGCUUUUACUUCCUGUGCCUUUUGAACUAUGUAUAUGUCCAGAUAAAUACUUUUUGGUUUCUGAGUCUUGAAAGCAGUAUACAGGCUAUUUUCACUUCAAACUGAUUUGCAGGCAGUAUUUUAUCCUCUGAACUAACGUUUUUCUGUCUGUGGUGGCUAAACAAUUUGAGCAUUGGAUAUUCCUAUGCUCAUGCCCAAGGGAUCUCUAGCCUGCCUCAGAUGAGGUCUCCAAGCCAGAGUGAGUCAGUGAGGAGAUUUCACCCACUUGUUGUGGGGACUGCUGUUUUGUUUGAUCAUGGAGUCCAGUGUGGAAAGGUUAAAGGGGCUUAUGAGUCAUCUGCAGGAGCACAGCACUGUUGAACAGACUACUGGGUCUUGCUUUAGAACAGUCGCUAAUGCUGUCCCUGAAAGCUGUCACCCUGAAUGCCAAACUCUUCAUGGAACCAUACCAGUUGUUCUUAAAUUAAGAAAAUGGUGAAGAAACCUAAUUUCUUUUUAUGGGACUUAAAACUGCAUCUGUUUCUACUUCUGAAAAUGUACCUCACUUGGCUUUGUAUAUGAAUGUAAAUUGCUAACUGCUUGGGGCCGAGACUCCGGUUAAUCGGCUUGAAGUCCAUUGCUGGCAAUGGACAUCUGAAGAACUGCUGGUGCAAAAGGAUUAAUAAAGCUUUUUUUAUGGUCA